UAUUUACUUAGAUUAUAAUGCCACAACGCCCUUAGCUGAUGAAGUUUUGAUUUCAAUAACAGAUGCUUUAAAAGAUGCCUGGGCCAAUCCUUCAAGUUCUCACACUGCAGGUCUAAAAGCUAAGCAGAUUAUAUCAACAGCAAGACAAAAUGUUGCUCGAAUGAUAGGCGCUAAAUCUUCAGAUAUAAUAUUUACAUCUGGUGGUACUGAGGGUAAUAAUUGGAUAUUACAAACAGCAAUAAAACAUUAUAGAUUAUGUUUUCAAGAUGAGAAAAGUAUAAAUGAUGGUAUUCAUAAGUUACCACAUAUAAUAACAUCUAAUUUAGAACAUGAUUCUAUCAAAUGUGUUCUCCAACAUUUUAUUAAAGAAGGAUUGGCAGCUGUUACAUUUGUAAAAGCUAGACAUACUAGUGGCCGUAUUGAGGUAGAUGAUAUAUUAAGUGCUAUUCAACCCACAACAUGUCUUAUAACAAUUAUGUUAGCUAAUAAUGAAACAGGUAUAAUACAGCCAAUUCAAGAAAUCAGUGAAAAGCUUUAUGCAGUAAAAAGGUCUGUGAAUGAAAGCCGAAUAUUGUUGCAUACUGACGCUGCACAAGCUAUAGGUAAAAUACCAGUAAAUGUUGAUAAUUUAGGUGUGGAUUAUUUAACUAUAGUAGGACAUAAGUUUUAUGGACCAAGAAUAGGAGCUAUAUAUGUUAAUGAUGUACAACAAGUUAAAACACCUUUAUAUGCAAUGUUACAUGGUGGUGGACAGGAAUAUAAUCUUCGUUCCGGAACUGAAAAUACAGGGAUGAUAGCCGGUCUAGGAAAGGUUGUUUUUGGUAAAGAUGUCUGUAUCAAUGGUAAAUUUACAACAAGUGAAAGACUUCCAAAUACGUGCAAUGUUUCUUUUCUAAAUACAGAACUGAAAGGACAUGAAAUAUUAAAGAGGUGUAAACAGGUGCAGGCUAGUGUUGGUGCUGCCUGUCAUUCUCAGAACAGAGCAUCUCACAUAUUACAAGCUAUUGGUGUAUCAGACAAAAUAGCAUGGAGUGCCUUAAGAUUAUCUGUUGGUAGAGAAACAAGUGAAGAAGAUAUAGAUAGAGUUAUAAAAGAUAUAAAACAAGCCCUUCCUGUAUAAAAUACUGUCUCAUCAUAAUUCAUUCUGUUUUAAAGAUGUCAGCUGCUAAACAUAUUCAGACUAUGUUAAAAAUAUAUUUAUUUGUUUAUUUAUUGAUUUGGUAUGAAGUAAUAAUGUAGCAUGAGCUUAUGGCAAAUAAAAUUGUAUGGUUGAUCAUAGGGAUCAAAUCACUAAAAUAUGACUGUAUUGGUAAAAAGAAAGUCAUGAAAUUUUAAACAGAAUAAGCCCAAGACUAAAAUGAAACAAAUAUAUGAAUGUUUGUAUAUGUUGAUUGUGGUUUUUGUUUUACUAUAAAUAUUUUAUAUAAAAUAAACAAAUUUUAUGGCAUAUAUUAACUUUAAUAAAGAAUUAUAA